GAAACAGGGAGGGUAUAGAGAGCGCUGUGGGUAUAUACCCCAACGGAAACGGCCAUCGCUUUUCGUCGUCCUUUUUCUCUCACUACAUCCACAGCAGCCCGUCUGGUGUGUUCGUGUGCUAGAUCGCUCUCUCUCUCUCUCUUUUAUAAUAGACUGCCAGCUCUCUCUCUCUCUAUCGCUCCCUCCUGCUACACACACACACACUCGACAGGCGCAAACAAACACGGGUCUCAAUCUACUCUUCAACUUGAUUGAAUUGUCAACUUAUUGCAAACGACAUUCGAGUGCUGUCCAGUUAACCGGCAAGUGAAUUUCUCGAGUGAGCAAACAAAACUUUGAUCGGAAAACAUUAACAAUUAGUUAAACUAAGAAAACAAAAAGUGAGUGAACAAGUGCCCUGCUCAACUUCCGACGCAACAACAACAACAACCACCUCGCCAACAAAUUAAGAAAGAAAAAGGAAUAAAAAAAAAGGCAGACAACUGACGGCCAUGUGCGACGAAGGAUCACCGUUUGGAUUGUCGAGCGCUCUGGAUCGGUUGAACGCCAUGAAUGCGUCCAUGUCAUCGCCGAGCCUGGCGGCCCAGGUGGCGGCCUAUCACCACCAACAGCAGCAACAGCAACAACACCACCACCAGCAACAACAGCAGCAGCAGCAACAACAGCAACAACAUCACCAGCAGCAGCAGCAGCAAAGCCACUUGCAACAUCAACAGAGCCAACAACUGGUCCGCAACCAUCACAUGAUGCAGAGCUCUUUGGCCCAUCAACACGCGGCUGCCGCCCAUCAUUUUGCGGCUUUCGGCCCAGUCGGCGUCCAUCAGCCGCAUCAUCACCCGUCAGCUGCGCAGCAUCACGUCGGCAACGUCCUCAACUCUGUGCCGUCAUCGCCCGAAUCGUCGCCAUCCAGCUCUCCGAUCCCGCACCAUCAACAGGGUCAGCCGUUGCGCGAUCACUCGAUCGGAGCGCUCUCGAUGAGCUCCGGCUCUUCCAUGAUCCAUCACCAGCAAUCGAUGGUUGCUGGCAUGACGAUGGGCGUGGGCGGCGGCAAUAAAACGGGUUGCGGCAACGGAAAGAACAGCGAGGAUCACAUCAAGCGACCCAUGAACGCCUUCAUGGUCUGGUCGCGUCUGCAGCGCCGCAAAAUCGCCCAGGACAAUCCCAAAAUGCACAACUCGGAAAUUUCUAAACGACUCGGUGCGGAAUGGAAAUUGUUGACCGAGGACGAGAAAAGGCCGUUCAUCGACGAGGCCAAGCGACUCAGAGCCCAACACAUGAAGGAGCACCCCGAUUACAAGUACCGACCCCGUCGCAAGCCCAAGACACUCCGCAAAGAUGGCUACCCUUACUCUCUACCCUAUCCAUCCGUCUCAAUGGAUGCGCUCCGAGCCGGUAUGGCUAAUCCAAUGUCGCAAAUGAACUCGUACUACCCCAAUGCUGCAGCUGCCUACAGCUCAUUGAGCGCUGCUAGCAUGGCCGCCGCUGCAGCUGCUGCUGCCGCCCAACAGAAUGCCAUCGCCGGUUUGGCCAACUCGAAUUCUCAGCAGGUUGGUUCAUCGCUGGAUCGCUACUCGGCUGAAGCAGAGAAAUAUCGCGCCGCUGCCGGUUACAUGGCUGGCCAUCAGCACCUUUACGGCCACAGCGCAGGAUCGGUGGAUCCUGUGACAGCUGCGGCUGCCGCCAAGUACCUGGAAUCGUCCGGUAAAGGAUUCAACACGAGCGGAAGCAGCAAUGAGGGAGGUUCCCAGAAGAAUUUGACCUUUUUGCCAGAGCUGAGCGGAGGCAAAGCCAGCGACGGCACCAACUAUCAGAGCAGUAACAACAACAAGAGUUAUUCGGAGAAUGGCGGCAACAGCGAAAAUUCCGCCGCAGCCAAGGCCUACCUGGAGACGGCCAAGCUGUACAUGGAUUCCAAGAACUACGCCGCCGAAGUCCAACGGGCCUAUAUGGACGCUGCAGCCAAGUCGAUUUACGGAGAAAGCAAGGGUGCCCAGCAUGACCAGCACAACAGCAGCAGCAACUCCGAAGGCUCUGGCGGCAACGGAUCGAUGGACGGCUCAGCCACCGUCAAAGGUGAACGUUCCGAUGGAUCUUCGCCAUCCGGCAUCCACUCAUCCAGCUCUCCAUUCUCCAACCCAACGGCUUUGGCCAGCUACUACAGUCAAGCGGCUGCGGCGGCCGCGGCCGGACAGGCGGCAAGUAAUUCAGUAGCCAAUGGAGCGGCAGCGGCGGUGGCCCUUUCGGGCAUCGUUCCCCUAUCGUUAUCGCAAUACGCCCCGCCUACCGGAACCUACCCAUCACCUGGCGAGUACAGACGGCCAUUACCCGUCAUUUUCUAAAGUAGAUUUUGGGAAAGAGAGAAAAGAAAAGGAAAAAUGAUUCCCCACACUUUACCUGUCAAAUUACUGUGUCGCGUUACGACAUGAUUCAGCACAGAAAUUUCAUUUUUGUUGUUGUUAUUGUGUCGACAAGAAAAAAAAUCUUUGCUACAAUAGCCUGUAAGUAGAAUUGUUUCCAUUAUUUGACGGUUGGAGUGUUUCCCAUUGAUUCGAAUUCCAAGAAAUCAUUAGAAGAUAAUGAAAAAAAGAGAUUAAAGGCGUCUUUAGUUUGAAACCUUAAGAGACACACCUCCCAUCUGCUUCUUCUCAUUCUUCGAUCCCCGAACAAAAGAAAACACAAUUCUAAUAUCUGUGAUUCAUGUCAUAAAGUUUGUCUCCCAACACACACACAAAAAAAACAAAAAACAAAAUGAAGUAAUUAACUCUGAAUGACUCUGGUCCACCUCCCUGCCACACCCCAUGUAUUUUUCCUGGAAUGUAUGUACUACACCCCGCAACAGGUAGCGAGUAAGUAGCUGCCGGAUCACGCUCUACUAACUUUUUCACCUUAUUUGAGUUGUUAUUUAAUUUAAGAAAUAA